GUCCACAAUUACUUUCAAUUUUCAUUUGUGAUUUUGUGGUUUAACUUUCAGACAGAUUCUAAAGCGGGUUACUAAAAUUAUUCGGAAUAUAAUUGAAACGAGUGUAAAACCGCUAAGAAAAUAGACAAUUCACUGAGAAACAGUAACAUGAAGACGCUGAUAAAUUUGAAUAUUUUAAUACUUUGUUCGGUAUGUAUUGUGGCCGGUAUAAAAUUGACACCAAAAAAAAUCUUCGGAUCUCCCCGCAUACUUGGUGGCGAUGAUGCAGAUGAAGGGCAAUUUCCAUAUCAAGUUUCACUGCGAAGCUAUUUUAGUCUUUAUGGUGAUCACUGGUGUGGCGGGUCCAUUAUUAGCGAUCGCUUCAUUUUGUCCGCUGCACAUUGCACUCAAGCCGAACACUCUAGACCAAUGUAUCUACAUGGCAUUAUUGGAACUAUAUACCGUUUCGAUGAUGGUGUACAUAUUAGAUUUUCACAUAUCAUCAAUCAUCCAGCAUACGAUAAUGGAGAUAAAAUUGGUUUAAAUGAUAUUUCAAUACUACGUACAACCGAACAAAUUGUUUUCACAAAUCUUAUUCAACCAAUUGCACUUCCAAUUAACGAUUCAAUCGACGAGAAAAAUAUCGUUAUCGUAUCUGGUUUUGGGUAUACAUCAAGUCCAUCCACAGAUGAAUUACCAUUAUUGUCUGACGUAUUGAAAUUCACCAAACUUUCAACAAUUAGCCAAAAAACUUGCCUUGAAAAGUUUAAAUACGUGUACAACAUAAACGAAAAACAACUAUGCACAAUUGGCCCAAUAAAUGUUGGCAUAUGUCAUGGUGACUCAGGUGGACCAUUGGUUGAUUCUUCAAAUCCCGAAAAUAAAGUAUUGGUUGGCAUAAUAUCUUGGGGCAUACCUUGUGGAAAAGGAUGGCCAGAUGUUUAUACUCGUGUCUAUUCAUACCUCGAUUGGAUUCAAAGCGAAAUGGAAAAUCUCAAUCAAAAUUUGACCAUGAAGUGUAUAAACUUAAUAAUUUUGAUAGUUUGUGGUGCAUGUGUUGUGGCCGAUAUAGAAUUGGAUCGACAAAAAAUCGACGAAUAUCCUCGUAUACUUGGUGGUGAAGAUGCAGAACAAGGACAAUUUCCGUAUCAAGUAUCGCUUCGAUGUUAUUUUGAAAAGGUCCAUUUAUGCGGCGGAGCAAUCGUUAGCAAUCGUUUUAUUUUGACCGCUGCACAUUGUACACAAGAAAUGUACGAACUACCUCAGUAUAUUUAUGCUGUUGUCGGAGCUUUAAAACUUCAUGAUGAUGGUAUCGUCGUUAGAUUGUCAGCAAUUAGCAAUCAUGCUGGAUACGAUCGAAAAAAGUGUAUGCAUGACAUUGCAUUGCUGCGAACUGCCGAAGAAAUCGUCUUUACAAAUCUCAUUCAACCAAUUGCAUUGCCAACACAUGAUUUGCCUAGAUACGAGCAAGUCAUCGUGUCUGGCUGGGGUAGCACUUCUAGUCCAUCAAGAAAAAAUCAACGAAAAAUGUCCGAUAUUUUAAAAUUUGGAAAACCUUCUACACUCACCUAUAACAGUUGUACCGAACACUUUAAAAUGCAUCCAAUGCGUGAAAACGUGCACAAGACACAUAUUUGCACAAUAAGUCCAAUUAAUUUCGGAGUUUGCUAUGGUGAUUCUGGUGGUCCAUUGGCUGACGUAACCAAUCCUCAAAACAAAACAUUGAUUGGAAUUGUGUCGUGGGGCAUACCCUGUGGCAAAGGCUUUCCAGAUGUGUACACACGCAUUUAUUUAUACCUUGAUUGGAUUCACAACGAAAUGAUAAAACAUAGUGAAAAAUAAUGUCUCUAAAUUUUUUAAGAAGAAUUUGUCAAUCACAUGUCAUCAAAAAAAGUCACAUGUUUUGUUGUUUAAACUGAUUAGUUUAAGAAUUAAAAAAAGCUUCUAUUCCUACAAAAAUAAUGAAAAGCCACCAAAGAA